AUAACGCGGGAAAUUCUUCGACGCCUAUAUGUAAACAAUGCAGCAGAUGAACAUUUCUUUGAAUAAAAAUGAAGUGGAAUGUUUAGCCUAAGUAGUAUUAUUUAAACUUUCUUGAAGGAAAUCUUGUUCGAUAUCCAAAUGGAGAAUUUCCAAAAGAUAGAAAAGAUAGGCGAGGGCACGUAUGGAGUUGUUUACAAAGCACAAGACAAAAUAAACGGACAGAUGGUUGCCUUGAAGAAAAUUCGGCUGGAUGCUGAUUCUGAAGGAGUGCCCAGCACAGCCAUUCGCGAAAUCUCUUUGUUAAAAGAAUUGGAUCAUAUUAAUAUAGUAAGGCUGCUAGAUGUAGUGCACAGUGAGAAGAAGCUGUACUUGGUGUUUGAGUUUCUACAUCAAGACCUCAAGAAGUACAUGGACAGCUGUCCUCCCACUGGUCUUGGGGACCCACUUAUCAGGAGUUACAUGUACCAGCUGCUGUUGGGGAUUGCCUACUGUCACGCUCACAGAGUUCUGCACAGGGACAUCAAGCCUCAGAACCUUCUCAUAGACGUGCAGGGAAACAUCAAACUGGCUGACUUUGGCCUAGCAAGAGCCUUUGGGGUGCCUGUGAGAACUUACACACAUGAGGUUGUUACAUUAUGGUACAGAGCACCAGAGAUUUUACUUGGUAGCAGGUUUUACUCUACACCUGUGGACGUAUGGAGUCUUGGCUGCAUAUUUGCUGAAAUGAUAACCAGAAAGCCACUGUUCCCUGGGGACUCAGAAAUAGACCAGUUGUUCAGGAUUUUCAGAACCUUAGGAACUCCUGAUGAGACGGUGUGGCCCAACGUGACCCAGCUGCCAGAUUUCAAGUCCUCUUUUCCAAAGUGGCCUCAUCAACCAAUCAGCAAUGUGCUGCCUCACCUGGCUCCAGAUGGACUGGACCUGCUAACGAAAAUGAUGAAGUAUGAACCAAGCCAAAGAAUCUCUGCAAAGGCAGCUCUUGCACAUCCAUAUUUCUCUUGCAACGUAAGGGAUAGACCAGCACCUUACAUCAAGUCUAACAGAGCCUAGACUGCAGGAUGUCCUUGCACUAGACUGCAUAGAUGGUGUAUCCUGAUGGAAAUGAGCCGAAGACUUAGUUCUCCAAAAAUGUGAAUUAGGUCUUUGGUUAAACUGCUUUUAAUAUAGCGAACACAUGUGUGCAUAGUACAUGAAUAUAGGCUGUGCUCUGUGAAAAAGAGGUUUAAUGCAUGUGCAUAAAGUGUCCACCCAGAUUAGCCUGUGCAGUCUGCACAGGCUAAUCAGUAAUGAAACUUUCUGCUACAACUGGAUUUUAAGCUCAGCUGUUUUCUGAGAAAACCCGAGGUAUUGUCAUUGCCAGCUUGUCGGCCGUGCUUAAACCUUAACAUUGGCUGUAAAAUCUAAGUGCUUCCACCUACAAAUUUGAAACUUCAUAUGUAGCUGCACCUUGAGGAGUUCUACACGCCACACCCAUUUUUAGGGUCACUAUGUCAAAGGUCAAGGUCACUGUGACCUCUAAUAUAAAACUUCUGACAAGCACUUUUAGGGUCACUUUGUCAAAGGUCAAGGUCACUGUGACCUCUAAUAUAAAACUUCUGACAAGCUGUCAUUUAUUUAAAAUUGCACCCGCAGCCGAGCAUUGGCACCCGCUAUGGGGUGCUCUUGUUGCAAAGAAGGGACUUUCUGUAAGCGAAAAAUUCCAUGAAAGAAAAGUGUCGUAACACUUUACAUCCAUGCAUUAAACCCCCUUUUCACAGAGCAUGGCCCAUAUAUAAUAAAGGGACUUAGGAUUAGGUCAGUAUUGCAUUGUUGGUGGUGCUGAUCAAUUGUGCAUAUUGCUUAAAGCUUUUCUGUUUAUCUAUUGUUUAUUACUGUAGGAACUUGGAAGACAUGAACCAGAUUGUUUUUACUUCUUUAGAAAAGGUAUCUUAUGCUUAAUCCAGCCCCUUUCCUCUAAGAACAUUUCUUUAAAAUUAUGUCUUUUCCCAAAUUUCAAGGUAACAUUGAAAAAUUUCUUCCCUCUAGGUAGGGUCAAAGUCACUGUUAAUAAACAUAAACUGGAUUCGAUUGAAUUCUUUAUAACAAAUGGUAAACUUCAUAUGUGAAUACCUUGUAUCCUGACCUUUGAAUUGCAUAUUGUCAUAGAAAGAAAAUAUAAAAAAAGACAAUAAUUCAUGAGAAAAGUUAGUUAUUGUAACAAAAUUAAGUAUGUCAAUAACUUGUAUUGAGGCCUCAAUAGGGUUGCAAGUUGCAUGCAUAAGAUCCAGAGCGCUGUUACAAAAUAUAUUGAUUAUGCUUCAUUAAUAAAAAAGCAGAUUGACCUAUUGUCAUGCGAAAUCACACAUACCCCGUUGAUGUGUCAUAUCAAAACUUGAUUGUAUAUUGCUUUUGGGCUCAAGGUGGUUGUUUCUCUUUCUAAAUAUGGUUGAAUAGUUUUGAGUAAAAAGCUGUUAACAAAACUGAGCUAUUGUAUUAAAACUAUUAACUGAGCUAUUGUAUUAAAACUUUUUACUAAGCUAUUGUAUUAAAACUUACUGAGCCAUUGUAUUAAAACUAUUUACUAAGCUAUUGUAUUAAAACUACUUACUGAGCCAUUGUAUUAAAACUAUUUACUAAGCUAUUGUAUUUAAAUAUUAAAACUAUUUACUAAGCUAUUGUAUUAUAACUACUUACUGAGCCAUUGUAUUUAAACUACUUACUGAGCUAUUGUAUUAAAACUAUUUACUAAGCUAUUGUUUUAUAACUACUUACUGAGCAAUUGUGUUAAAACCAGGAAUCAUAUUUUCCAGCAACAUCAAUCGGUCUGUGCGUAGGUUAGCUACUGACAAUAACGAACCAAAUAAUGAAGAAAUAAUUCGUGUACAUUAUAGUUUGUUGUCAAAUAACCCACAGCUGAUAGUUUAGAUGCGUAGGGAUUUAAUCGCGAGAGCGAAACAUUUGAAACCACGCAUCAAAUUUUCCGGUUGUGAGUUAUUCAACAACAAAGUAUAAGGUACACGAAUUAUUAUCGAUUCUUACAAGGUUUUACUAAAGAUUAAUACAAUGCAUAAUUUUUUCUUGUGAACUAUUUUAUGUGAAGUUCCGCCCAUAAAAAUAACUUUCGGCUGUUCUGUCGAUCAGAUCCGCGACUUUCAUUCAUAAUUAUAUUACCGGAUUAUUACGCUGGCGGAAAAUGUAUUGGCAUGUUUUGUUUAGUUACAGCGCUAGCUUUCAGACGCGUCUUUUCCGAUGAGUCUUAAAUCCGCUGUUCACAAGUUUUUGAUUCUUGUCUCACGUGCAAUAAACCGGUCCUGACCGGUUUAGAGACUGCAGCCAAUGGUUUAUCGCAUAUAAUUGAGAUAAGAAUGUCAUUAGGGUAUGUUAGCAUGUACACGGUGUAAUCGAUUUCAUGACAUGGGAAUUUUAGCAAACAGAAUCGGACCGACUGUUUGGGAUUUUCAAUCGGUCUUUCAUGACCCCAAUCGGUCUAGGACCGACAAAACCGAAAAAAAUAUGAUCCCUGGUUAAAACUACUAAUGUAAGUGCCUUAUAUCCAGAUCUAGCAUGACAUUUCAUAUGGGUUUUGUAGGCUUAAUGUCAAGGUAGCUGAUAGAAGAUACAUUUAUGAUGUUUACAUGUUAAGUUGCAUUUUUAGGUCAUAACCUUGCAGCAAAUAAUAUGUUGAUGUAAGUUUUUCUCUUCAAUGUUGUUUUUUGUUGUUCUAGGGUAGCAUUUUAUAUUUAUUGAUCUUUUAUCUUAGUAUGCCUUUUAAUUGUGUGCCCUUAUUUACAACAAAAGUAAAUUGUGUCAUGAUCUGUUCAAAAUUGGAUAAUUAAUGUGUUCAAAGAUGUGUUCAUAUAUAUUUUUUAACAAUUGUACAUUUUACUUCACUUUGUUUUACAGUAUUAUGAAGUAUUACAUUUAUUAAUGUAUGUUUGCAAAUGAAUACAAUAUUAUACUGUGAAUUAUCUAAUGUUGUGUCAUGCUUUGCAACCAUUUUGCCUUCAUGAAAAGUGUUGUCAAUUAUUAAAUAUAACUAAGUACUGUCCUAUUAACAUGAACAUUCAAUUUUUGGAAUGUUCUCUGUUCUUUUAGAUUGUUGCUUUUUGUACCCUACUGGUUUCACCGGAGGGGACUUAUGGUUUGCGCUUUGUGCGUCUGUGAGUCUGUCUGUGAGUCUGUCUGUCUGUCACACUUUUCUGGAUCUUGCAAUAACUUUAAAAGUUCUUAAUAUUUUUUCAUGAAACUUGUUAAAUGGAUAGAUGGCAAUAUGGACAUUAUGCAGGUCAUUUCAUUUUGUUCCUACGUCAAAAUUUGUGGUGCUAUGGCAACCAAAAAAAAUAAUUCUGAAAAUGGUGGAACCAUAUUGCUUGACAAUACCCUUGUUUGUAAAUGGCUCUGUAAAAAUGUACUUAUAAUGCAACAUAACUUGUACCUGUUUUGGUCAAAUUAAAAUCAUGGAAGAAAUUAAAAUCAUUAGAUUAAGGACUCAAGAAACUUUAAAAGUGAUAUAUGUUGACUAUGGAAAUCAAAGUACCUGGUAUGCUUAAAAAAGUUGAGGUUUAUGCUUAUGUUUAUAUCCAUUAAAUUAAGUUAUUGUAAAGCUUGAAUAAAAUUAUCCUAUG